AUGCCCCCGCAGUCAACAUUCCGCGCAAGGAUCGGCCCCGUUGGUCACCUUCGGACUCAAUGCAAUAAUCUCGCGACAACCGCAAUUGCUGCCUCCACGAUCGCUCCUGUCCCAACCGCCGCGCCAACCACGACGACGCACAUUCUCACUAACGCUGUUCCGAAUCCUCGUAUCCCAGCGCCGUCGAUCACCGCCACUCCCAUAAUCUCUGCCAAAAUCACCGCGGCGACAACGAACACAACCACCUCUACCACGCCAGCCAAUGACCAUAACGAUCUUGACGUCCGGCCAACCGCCAACACAUUCAGCAUCACCACGUCCACCUCCAACGAUGUGGGCUUGGUCCAAACUUCUCCUCAUCUCAAUCGCACAUCCACCUAA